GGACCCUUUCAUGAAAUGCCAUGCUCGAGGCAAAUCAACCCUAAACCCAAAUUAUCCAAAUCCCAACGCAUUUACCAUAUUUUCACACCCAAAUUAAAAAUUAAUGGACGAUCAAUGCAGAAAUCUCUUCUGAUGAAGGACGAGAACCCUGAACUCGGCCGCCGCUCCUCACUCAAGAGAGAGAAAGCUGAAGCACUGUUUUACCUGCUACUUCCAGGAGAUCUUCAAGGGAAUCAGUUUAUGAAGAAAAGAGCAAAUAAAGCAAAGUUGGAAGAGCCCCAGAGCAUUCAAAAGAAGGCCAAGGGAUUAAAGAGGAUUAAUGACACGUUAGAUGAAGAGGACAAGCCCAAUUAUCAAGUUUUGGAGAAAAAGGAAGACAAUUUGCCUGCUCAACAAAAGCAGGAGGGUGGGUAUCGAUACUAGUACCUAGGGACACUCUACUAUUUACUUUUUUAUACCAGAAGUUUCAUGCUUAUACUUUCUUAAAGUAAGUUAUGCAAUAAUUCUAGCCUUCAAUGGUUUGUCUAUCUGACCCAAAAUAGCAACUGGACCUGACCCCUUGAAUCAUGACUAUAUCAGCUGUUCUGAAUUUGAAUUUGAUGUAUAUUAAAUUGUAGAAAACAUUUUUUAAUUUCUUAGACCACAUAAGACAAUAACUUUUAUCAUUCGAUUAUAUUUAGUUACCUUCUUGCAAGGUAAUGGAUACCCCAUAGGACAAAAUCAUUAUUCUUUUCUGAUACUUCUAAAAAGAUAUAUUCUAUUUCAAAAAUCUAUAAAGUUAGCCAUAUGUGAGUAAUCAGCAAUCACACAAUCCUUCAAUUUAGCCAAACAACAGAUGACAAAUUUAGCUUCAUUCAUGCACUAAAGCAUUCAUUAGGCUUGAGUUUAUUAACCUCGUGUAUCAGCUGUUCCCUCAUUGCUUGAGCUCGAGACCUGGUAAUCUUGUACAUAUACUCCUUCCAUUGGUCUUGAAUGCUAUACAGAACAAUGAUAGUAAGUAGCUUGACGAACUGCUAAUACUUAAAAGACAAAGCGACUUGUGGAAAAUUUAAGCACCGUAAGAGCAGCACUUUAUAUUUGGUUUGUUUGCUGCAGACAAGGAUUGGAAUCUUGGUACAAAUGAUGGUUGCAGUUAACCUUCUUGAUUAAUUCUUUGCCAUCUAUCUGCUUAGUAACACUAUUUUUCAUCAAUUUCUAUUUUUAAUUAAAUUAGUUUUUGGUCUUUAAGUCACUUGCCUGUUUGUCAGUUCAUUUCCAUGCUUGGCUGACAACAAUUCUGUACUAAUAGUCAUUCCCAUGCUUGGUUAAAGAAAAACUGUAUAAAUAAUUUUUAAGUUUGAAACAUUUGACUUACUGGACACAACAAUUUCUAGAAUAAUACCUGCCUGCUUUCUCUUAGUUCACUCUAUGUGUGGUUACAGAUAGAUUAUAUCAACAAUUUCUUAAAUCAGAAAUUAUGAAACUAGAUGCUAUAGCUGGUAAUAGUGUAACAAACACAAGUAAAAUAUUGCCAGAAUCAAUUUCAUCUUCUUUUACAAUACUAGCUUUUCUGAAGGAUGCUAUAGUCGUUUGAGGGAACAAUGUUUUCGUAAAAAAUUAAUGGUGGGUUAUAUUUUAUGGUCAUAUAUGUUCAAGUAUAUGUAUAUAGAUGUAUGUAUAUCCAUAUAUUUGUAUGAGAUUAAUGAGAAUCAUGUCAUAUGAGAGGAUUCGCUCAUGUACAAUGAUGUGACUGAAUCUCAGCCAAGUCUGGUUAUUAGGGAUUUUCUCUGCCCCUUCGUUUAGCUGACUGAGAUUCAGCCACACCACUUUACACGAGAAAAUCCCUCAUAUGACAACGAUAC